UGAUUUUAUAGUUCAUUUAGACGGCCAUCUGUUACAUCAUCAAAACCGCACCAUCUUCACCUUCGAUUCAUCAAAAAUACCCCCUUUCUUACUCUUUUUCUAUUUUUAUUCCUCAAUUACUCUCAGCAUCUCUUCAUUUAUUUUUUUUGUCUCUCUUUCCAUCUCUAGCUUUCAGUAUGAUGAACUUGGGCUGAAGCCUCGGUGGAGUUUCGCUGCUGAUUGCUGGAGAUUUUACUGAAUUAUUUCGAAGUCAAUCCGAGUUUCAUUUAUUGAAUCAAUUUGGUAACUGUAUCUUCAAUAUUGAAUUAGGAUUUACCGUUAUUGUGAGAUAUGAAACUCGCCUUUUUGUAAUUGUGUUUGGGCUCUUGAACUCAGAAAUCAGUGGUGUUUGAAGUUUGGGAACUGGGUUUCCUGGUGUUGUCUUUUUGGUGGCUUGUUUUAAACAAUACUGAGCGGGUUUCAUAAGCUUCUGGAAUUGGAUUUCAGUUUCGGCUUUUAAAUUUCCUUAGUUGUUAAUAUCUCUACAUAUAGAGAUGCUUAGACGAUCUGUUGAAUUAGAAAGAUGGAAAUGGGGCAGAUUAUUUCGUUGAGAAUGGUGGGUACUUUGUUUAGUCUACUGCUAUUUGUACAAUUGCCGGGAAUCUUUGUCUCUGGAUUUGCUACACAUUCAAACGAUUGCGGCGCUGGUCUCAUAGCAUAUUUAAAUUCUUAUGAUGUUGAAUUAUUUUAUAUAAAUGGAAAUCUGGUGGACAAAACGAAGUUUUGUAAGGCUCUCCAAUUUCACUAUGCAAAUCAUUGUGCCUUCGAAGGAUUCUUUGGAAGUGAUUACUGUGGGUUGGACCUUUCUCUAGCUGAGUUGCCUUACAAGACUGGAAGAAAAAUUUUGCAAAAGGAUAUGGAAGAACCCAAAACUAACGGUAAACAUCCUAUUCCUCCAAUAGAAGACGAGAAUGAUCCCAAAUCUCUUUCGACCCCGAAAAAAGUUGGUAUAGCAGCAGCUGGAAUUUUUUUCUUCUUGUCUUGUGCUGUAAUCUGUCCCUGUUUCUAUAGAAGAAGGAAAACCACUGCGCAUACUGUUCUCUCCAAGGACCUGAAUUCAAUGGAUUCUGUUUCCUCCUUCGAAAUGAAUUCUGCUUCUGAAAAGAUUCCUCCAAGUCCGCUUAGGGUACCACCAAGUCCUUCCAGAUUCACUAUGUCUCCAAAACUCAGUAGAAUUGGAUCGAUACAUCUCAAUAUGAGUCAGGUUAUCAAAGCUACACAUAAUUUCUCACCAUCUCUACAAAUUGGUGAAGGUGGUUUUGGAACUGUCUUCAAAGCCAAGCUAGAAGAUGGCCAGGUGGUCGCCAUAAAACGAGCAAAGAAGGAACAAUUUGACAGUCUGCGAACUGAAUUCAGUAGUGAAGUUGAACUCCUAGCCAAAAUUGAUCAUCGGAAUUUGGUGAAACUACUUGGUUUUAUUGACAAAGGAAAUGAGCGCCUUAUCAUUACAGAGUUUGUACCAAAUGGUACUCUUAGGGAACACUUGGAUGGUCAGCAUGGAAAAAUCCUUGAUUUCAAUCAGCGGCUUGAGAUAGCCAUUGAUGUUGCUCACGGUCUAACAUAUCUCCAUCUGUAUUCAGAGAAACAAAUAAUACACCGAGAUGUGAAGUCAUCCAAUAUUCUACUGACAGAGAGCAUGAGAGCAAAAGUGGCUGAUUUUGGAUUUGCCAGACUUGGUCCAAUGAAUUCUGAUCAAACACACAUUUCAACCAAAGUGAAAGGGACAGUUGGCUACCUUGAUCCAGAGUAUAUGAAGACCUAUCAGCUCACCCCCAAGAGUGAUGUAUACUCAUUUGGAAUUUUACUUCUUGAAAUUCUGACAGGCCGCCGUCCUGUGGAGUUGAAGAAGCCAGUUGAUGAGCGGGUGACUCUUAGAUGGGUCUUCAAGAAGUUCAAUGAAGGAACCGUAUUUGACAUGGUGGAUCCUUUGAUGAAUGAAGUAGUAGAUGUAGAUAUUCUCCAGAAAAUGUUUGGUUUGGCAAUUCAGUGUGCAGCACCGAUACGAAACGAUCGACCGGACAUGAAAUCUGUGGGAGAGCAAUUGUGGGUAAUAAGGGCAGACUAUCUAAAGAGUGUAAAGAAAGGGUAACAUUGCAAAUUUGAGACUGAGUGUUUUGUGUAUUCAAUAUAAAGAGUUUGUUGUUAGCUUAUCUUGAAGAAUUGGAUUUUGGCCUUUAGCAAAGCUUUUCCACUUUUUACCUCUUUGACUUUUUUCGUUCAUAGAAAUGUGUUAAUAUAUUUGGUGUUCUUCAAAUUAUUGCAUAUAAUUAUUUGCUUCUAAGGU